AUGCUGUUUAAAUCAGUCCUGACCUCGGCUGUACUGGCCCUUUCCGUGGGCGUGGAUAGCGUUUUGGCAUCUAAACAUGGACGCCUUGGACAGCUUGCUCGUGAUCCUUUGGAGAGAGCCAAGCGGGUCGUCGCGGAUGGCCAUGUCAAGCCAGUCCGCUCCACAAAGGACUACCGAUUCUUGAACGAGAAGACAAAGGCAAACCUCGUUCACCACCUCCCCGAUGUCCCAUACGAUAUCGGCGAGAUGUACUCGGGCCUCAUGCCCAUUGACAUGCACAACGAGUCGCGGGCACUGUUUUACAUUUUCCAGCCUACCAUUGGGAAGCCUGUUGACGAAGUUACUAUCUGGAUGAAUGGCGGACCUGGCUGCAGUUCCAUGGAAAGCUUUCUCCAAGAGACUGGUCGCUUCCUUUGGCAGCCAGGUACUUAUGCGCCCGUGGAGAACCCGUACUCCUGGGUUAACUUGACCAACGUGCUGUGGGUCGAUCAGCCAGUUGGCACUGGCUACUCAAUUGGAACACCGACUGCCACCAGCCAGGAGGAGACCGCACAGGACUUUGUCAAGUUCUUCAAGAACUUCCAGAAGACCUAUGGCAUCAAGAACUUCAAGAUCUAUGUGACGGGUGAGAGCUAUGCUGGCCGCUACGUUCCAUAUAUCUCGGCCGCUAUGCUCGACGAGAAGGACAAGACGUACUUCGACCUGCAGGGUGCAUUGGCAUAUGACCCCUGCAUUGGUCAGUUUGAUUACGUUCAAGAGGAAAUUCCCGUCGUGCCCUUUGUGAAGGAGAAUGCAAACCUGUUCAACUUCAACGAAACCUUCAUGGCUGAACUGGAGCACCUCCACAAGUCGUGUGGCUAUGCCGAUUUCAUCGACAAGUACCUGACCUUCCCGCCGCCGAAGAAGCAGCCACCUCUCUUCUUCAACUAUACCAGUAUGGCCAACUGUGAUGUCUUCGACAUGGUCUAUAAUGAAGUCUUCAGCAUUAACCCAUGCUUCGAUCUGUACGAGGUGAACCUGAUGUGCCCACUGCAAUGGGAUGUGCUGGCUUUCCCGACUAGCUUGGUGUAUCAACCCGCUGGCGCGACAGUGUACUUUGACCGAGCGGAUGUCAAGAAGGCCCUCCACGCACCCAAUGUGACCUGGGCUGAGUGCUCAAACAACCCCGUCUUCGUCGGCGGUAGCUCAGGCCCCGAGCAAGAGGGUGAUACCUCAGCGAACCCAAUCGAGCACGUCCUGCCACAGGUUAUUGAGGCUACCAACCGUGUGCUCAUCUCUAACGGAGAUUUCGACAUGGUUAUCUUGACCAAUGGCACUCUGCUGGCCAUCCAGAACAUGACCUGGAACGGCCAUCUCGGCUUCCAGAAGAAGCCCUCGACCCCAAUUGACAUCAAGAUUCCCGAUCUCCAGUACAAGGAUGUCUUUGCGGAGAACGGUGCUUCCUCUCUGGAUGGUGCUCAGGGUAUUAUGGGUGUUCAGCACUAUGAGCGCGGUCUCAUGUGGGCGCAGACAUACCAGUCGGGACACAUGCAGCCGCAAUACCAGCCUCGCGUGGCCUACCGUCACCUGGAAUGGCUGCUGAAGCGUACCGAUGAGCUUUGA